AUGGAGUAUUCUACACUUGACCAACUUUUGGACACCGCACAAGACGAAUUAGCUAAGCUCGACCCACGAAGAGUCCACGACAUUCUGAGGAAAAACGGAUACCGUCCAUCAUUUAUGAUAAUCCCUUCAUCUGAAAUGCAAGAAUCUUUCAGACAAAUUUGCUUAUCUUUACGAUCAGUUGGCCCAAAUUUGAAAUUCCUAGUCGAGUCUCCUAGCAGUGCAGAGUGUUCAGAAGAAGAAUCUUGUGUGCCCAGCGUCAGAAAAGUUGCUGAGACCAUCCUUGAUAUCACGAACAUUUCGUUUUCAGUAAAUUUAAUUUAGAAACACCACUUGAAGUCUUGCCUUUCAGUUCUCGCUUUAGGGAACAUUGAACUUUCUUUGAGCAUAGCACAUAUAGAUAGCAUAAUCAAACGAUAUGGAGGACAACCUACCCAGAUUUCGUUUUUGGAUUUGAAAAAAGACACUGGGAUCGAGCAUUAUGCGCUUUUAUAUUUCAGAACUUUGGCCGAAGGUAAGAAAUAUUCAGCAAAAUUCAUAUACGCUAAGCUUGCAAAGGAUGAAGAAAAUGGACGGCUAGGUGCCAUUUUGCACAGAAUCCCAGGCUCUCAACAUGAUAGCUAUGUAAGAUGGCUUAACUACAGAGUUCUUGACCCAGAUUUCAACUGGACAGCUGUUAUUCUUAGGUCACUUCCUCAGAAUUUCUCAACAGAACAUCUAAGAAUAAAGCUCGGUGGAGAAUUCAUUUUCCACGCAGAAACCCCAAGGUUCGUAAAUAACUACCUGUGCACGAUUCUUGUAUUAACUUUCCACCUUUGUUAGCGAGUAAAACCUCUGAAAAAUCUCUAUUGUUUUAAAAAAAAAAAACCUCCCAUAUGAAUAAAAAUUUUCAAUAUAAAUUAUUUUUAAAAAAUCAUCAUUUUAUAUGCAUUAGAAUUUUCAAUUGGAAUUUAGAAAAUCUGCAUUCUAAAAAUAAAUUUUAUAAUUAAUUAAUUUUUUUUCAGUUUCUGAAAUUUAAAAAUUCCUACAAAGAUACUAAUCCUUUCCUGAUCAAGCAAAAAAUUUUGGAGCGUUAAGGAGAAUUGAAGAUGCUUUUAUCAUGAUAAAAAAAUUUAAAAGAUCAAAAUUUCCAGGGCUGAUUGAUAUCCACCCUUAUUCUUCUAUUUUCAAAAAACCCAAAAAUUACGUUACGACGUUUGGAUUAGAUGUUGUUAGCAAGAGGCUAAGGCAGCCUGUUGAAGUGGAGCCACCAGUAAAGAUUUUUAAACCUAAUGACACAGGAUCCGAAAGCGAUUUUCAAGAAUUGGAAUUAAAAACGACAGGAGGGUCAAUGGAAGAUGGGGAGAUUAUUGAUAAAGAAGAAAUCGUAAUUGAGCAAGAGUAUCAACUUUAUGAAUUUCCUGGAGUAUAUUGGAUGAAAGGUAUGACUGAGCUGAGUCAUAAGGGUAUAAAGGUAAAGACACUUGUUGAAAAAGAUUCCAGAUAA